UUCAACUUACAAGCAUCUCGGGGAGAGGAGGAGGAGGGAAAAAAAAGAAAAAGAAAAGGACUUUCCCCCCUCCCUCGGCUCUUAUCUGGAGGAAUAAAGCAGCCACACGCAAGUUAGUCAACUUUUAACUGCAACCGGCAUCCGCACUUGGAGCGCAAACAUCCCAUAAAGGCUGGUUUUCCUCUGCGUUCUCCGACUUGGAUUGGGUUCUUCAUGGAAACAAAUGAUAUUUGAACCCGCAGAGAGGAGCGGAGAGAGAGGAGGUGGGUGUCGGGUACAAGCCUGUGUGUUUCUGUUCUUGUUCUUUUAUGCAACCGAGCUCGGACACAAGUCUAUUUGAUCUUAACAUAAAGUGGGGGGAAAAAAAUAACACAGCCCAGUUGCUGCUGCUCUCAGUCUCAUUCAGGUUUUCAGAGAGCUCUUAAAAAGGUUUAAUCCGGGAAGGAAAAAAAAGUUCCCGAAGGCAACUUUGCAGUGAAAGACAGGACACAGCCAGAGAAAGAGACUAUAAUUCAUAUAAGUGUUAGGAUUAUGGCGUUAAAGGCCAGAGUGCUGUAUGACUUCCACUCUGAGAACCCUGGGGAGAUCUCCAUAACAGAGAAUGAGCUGGUGACUCUGUUCAACGAGGAGGAGCUGGAGGGCUGGCUGGAGGGGGAGAACAGCAGGGGGGAGGCUGGCCUCUUCCCUGCCUCCUAUGUGGAGAUCAUCAGGGACCACAUCACCUCCAACACCAACAACAACGGCUUCUCCUCGCCCAAAACCAAAGCCCAGUCGCCCACCCACGCCCCCUACACGUCCUCGGACACCCAGUCUCAGAGAGGUCUCGGGGCCGGUAGCGGUGGCAGUGGCGGAGGCAGCUUCCACACCAGCCAGGGGAGUGAUGACGACUGGGACGAUGACUGGGAUGACGCCUCCCCUGCGACCGACGUGCCUCAGGGUCUCGGCAGCACGCCCCCCUUGUACCCGGUGACCUCCUCCUUGCCCGGGCGGCGUGAGAGCACCCAGCAGCAUCAGCAGCAGGCCAAGAGCUCAGCGACGGUGGGGAGGAACCUCAACAGGUUCUCGACCUUCGUCAAGUCCGGAGGGGAGGCCUUCCUGCUCGGGGAGGCCUCUGCUUUCGUGAAGGACGGGGACAGGAUCUGCGUGGUGAUGGGGAAGCAUGGGCCGGAGUGGCAGGAUGACCCGUAUCCAUUCACGUGCACCAUCGACGACCCCACCAAGCAGACCAAGUUCAAGGGCAUGAAGAGCUACAUGUCCUACGGCCUGACCCCGACACACACCAACGUACAAGUCAACCGCAGGUACAAACACUUCGACUGGCUGUACGCUCGCCUCGUGGAGCGUUUCCCGGUCAUCUCAGUGCCCCAUCUGCCAGAGAAGCAGGCCACCGGACGCUUCGAGGAGGACUUCAUCUCCAAGCGGAGGAAGGGACUGAUCUGGUGGAUGAACCACAUGACUAGUCACCCCGUGCUGGCACGCUGCGAUGUUUUUCAGCAUUUCCUGACAUGCGGGGCAGAUGAGAAGGCGUGGAAACAGGGCAAGAGGAAGGCAGAGAGGGAUGAGCUUGUCGGGGCCAAUUUCUUCCUCACAAUCAGCACGCCUUCUGUCCCGCUGGACCUCCAGGAAGUGGAGAGCAAGAUCGAAGGUUUCAAGACCUUCACCAAGAGGAUGGACGAGAACAGCGUGGUCGUGAACACCACCAUCAACGAGUUCGCUCGCAAACAGGCGGCGGGGUUUAAGAAGGAGUACCAGAAAGUCGGACAGUCGUUCAAACUCUUGGCGCAGGCGUUCGAGCUGGACCAGCAGGCCUAUUCGGUGGGCCUGAACAAGGCCAUCGCUGACACUGGCGAGGCCUAUGAGGCGAUAGGAGAGUAUUUUGCUGAGCAGCCUCGCCAGGACCUGGAUCCCAUUUCUGACCUGCUGGACCUCUACAGAGGACACCUGGCCAAUUUCCCUGACAUCAUCCAUGUGCAGAAAGGUGCACUGACCAAGGUUAAAGACUGCCCGAAGCAGGAGGGUGAGCUCCACGACCGCUGCAACAUAAUUUCUUGCGCAACGCUGGCGGAGAUCCAGCACUUCCACCGCACACGUGUACGGGACUUCCGCUCGCAGAUGCAGCACCACCUCCGUCAGCAGAUCGGUUUCUUCCAGAAGAUCACCGCCAAGCUGGAGGACACGCUUCAGAGGUAUGACGAUGACCAGUAGGAAGAGAGGGAGAAAACCGAGAAGUUGGUCUAUUAGAGGCCUUGAGGAAACGGAGGCAGGCUUGAAGAGGGGAGCAGGCAGGGAUGAUUGAUGGGUUCAUCCUGCAGUAAUGGAGAACAUCUUAUCAUCCUUUUAAGAGAGAGAACUAUUGGAUGCGAUGAAUCCUGGCACUGGUACAAGUCUUGGAAGAAAUAUACCACUCUUUUAAUAAAUAUAGGCAACUGGACUGUGGAAUGACAACUUCUUGGAUUAUCUGGACUGCUCUGAUGAAUGUACCAGUAACAGGGAUUUUGCUGACACCCCAGGCACAUCUUGCAACUCAGCGGGACUGUGACGAUAUUAAAAACAGCUGCUCUCAAUAUGACAGGGCUGCCUCUCCGUUCCUGGUUUCAGGGUCACGUGAUCUCUCCAUGGCUCCACUGCCUCACCACUUCAUGGAAACCCUCUUGAGAACACGGUAACUCAACAGAAGCGUAGAGAUGAAACUCCCCAAAUCACUUAAACUGGAUGUUUUAAUGAUUGAAAGACAGGACUUUAUUGAAUUUAAUGAUUUUUGUUAUCUCUAUAUGUCUGUUUUUACCCGAAUGACCUGUUCAGUAUUGUUUUGAUGGGACAUGACAGAAUGGAAGUGAUUGUGAAUAUGGAAAGAGGCAAAGUGGGUAUAAUCUACUCCGUUGAAUCAGUUUAGUAGUUUCAUUACACCUUGAAGUUUGACCUACUUCUGAUGUCUAACAUCUCUCACGACUCGGAUGCUGUCAUGUCUUCACCAUAUUAUAAUUUGAAGCCCUGUGUUCUGCAUUUUAGUUUAUGUGUUGCCUGACUUAAAAACAAUAAUUUAUCUCAGACUGAUUUUAUGCUUCUGCUUGUUUUGAUAAGCGGCUCCACAGUUCUUUGUCUCUGGGUUACAGCAGGUAUUAGAUUACUAAAACUGAAACUCUACAGUCUCUCUGCUUUCCCCCAAUCUUGGGAGGUCGGAGGCUCAGGCUCAGGGUACAGACUCUUUGAAGAUCUUCCUGUUUCCUGUUUAAAGCCACUGUGUAUGGGCAUUUUAUGUGAUUAUAUUAUUAUAUAUAUCAAAAAAAAUUAUUGUAAAAAAGUUAGACAAUCUUGGUUUAAGAGUGUCUCCGACAUGUCCCGGUGAUGCUGUCUUUAUUAUUCUACUACUUGAGGGCGCCAAAGUUGGACAUUCUCAAACUGUACGCACAGUGGCUUUAAGGACGAUUUGCUCUCGGUAUGCUAACCAGCUACCCUAAAAUCUUCUUGUUAAACCAAUAAGUGACCAAAAUAAGCUCAGAGAACAGUUGAGCUAGAAAAUCCAUUUCAGUUUAAGUAAAAAAAAUCCUGUACUGGUUUAAUCAGAAACAUGUAAUUCACUACGAUGACACUGUUUCUUAACACUUUUAAUGUAACACAUUGAAACAGCAUUUCAUUAAAUAAAUGGAAGUAGAAUUUAUGUCAAUCAUAUAUCUGUAUAGCUGACUGUUUUCCUAAAUGUAAAAGUUUCACUUCCCCCAUUAUGUCUCUUUCAGUUAGUGUUUAUAUUAAUGUUUUCAUUACAUACAAGAUAUUAAAAUAUUGUGUUUUUAAAAAUGUUCACAUGUAAACACCAGCACUGUUGGUACUAAAAUCAGGGCAUCAGAGCUAGUCAGAUUACUGUGUCAUAUCAAUCUGCAGUGGAGAACAGCAUUACACACUUAUAUGAAAAUCUCAGAUCAUUUCUUUAAAAAAAAAGUGAAACAAGACACCAGCUCCAUAAUCUUCAUCACUGUUUAUCUUCAAGGAAUUCUUCAUCUUGUGUAUUUUCAGCGCUAGGUUUUCCCACAGUGAAGCCUGUUAUCAUUUGUUUUUCCAGUGGAGGCAGCAGCAAUCCAGACCCUGAUAUCGGACACCAGAGUUCACAGACUGCCGGUCAGGUUACUGCAGUUGCAGGCUCUUCAUUAUUUAGACCAGCCUCUUCCUUCUGUUUUCAUUUUCUUCUUCACUCUUUACAAUAAUUACAAAUGAUGGCUAUUCUGAAUCAGCCAAUACUUUCAGUUCAGAAGACAUUUAACAGUUUUUUCUUCUAAAUAUUUUCUUCCACUUCAUCCAAGAAAGAAAGCUGUCCUGCUAUUCUGCCUCUAAUAGCUGCUCCUAAUCCAUUAAGUUUUAAAAGUAUCACAUUGAUACCUGUUGGUCAAGCUGGCCAUGGGGUGCUUUGAAAUCUUUUUAUACACACAAAUGAUUUGAUUAAAACCAGACUUGGUUGAGAAACCAC